UCGAUCUUCUUUGUCCAAUCAAUCUUCACCGUCCAUUUCUACUCCUCUCUUUUAUCUACUGAAUUGUUUUCUCUGCUGUGUCCUCACUUUUCUGUGUGCUCCCUCAACUCUCUUCUUCUUCCCCUCUUUUAGGACCAUGCCUUCUCAACCCGACCCAUGUCUGACCCGAUUCGUUUAUCCCUGGCCGAGCUCCGUUGUGUUUCAGAUCAUGCCACCGUUUCCUUUCUUCUACUUCAGUGAAAAAUAAAAGAAAAAAACGUUUCUGGCUUCUUAUUUUCUUCUCCAAAUCGCUCUUUUUAUUUAUUUAUUUUAUCCUUCGUUUAGCUUAAAAAAAAAAGGAAAUUCGAUUUGAUUUAUUGGAUGGAGGAAAAUGAUAACAAGUUGAGCAAACCGAUGACGUCACAAACCGGUAUGUCCGACGUCGUUUUAGGCUGCGUGAUGCUGUACAUAGACGACCCGAAAGACCGCGACGCCGUUUCGCUAGUUUGCCGACGUUGGUACGAGCUCGACGCGUUGACACGUAAGCACAUAACGAUCGCGCUCUGUUACACGACGAGUCCUGAUCGGUUGCGACGGCGGUUCCAACACUUAGAGUCUUUGAAAUUAAAAGGAAAACCUAGGGCGGCGAUGUUUAACUUGAUACCUGAAGAUUGGGGAGGAUACGUGACGCCGUGGGUGAAUGAAAUAGCGGAGAAUUUCAAUUGCUUGAAAUCUGUGCAUUUUAGAAGGAUGAUUGUUAAAGAUUCGGAUCUGGCGGUUUUGGCUAGGUCUAGAGGGAAGGUUUUGCAGGUUUUAAAGCUUGAUAAAUGCUCUGGUUUUUCUACUGAUGGUCUCUUGCACGUUGGCCGCUUGUGCCGGCAAUUAAAAACCUUGUUCCUGGAAGAGAGCUCAAUUAUUGAGAAAGAUGGUCAGUGGCUUCAUGAGAUUGCUUUAAAUAACUCGGUUCUUGAGACUUUAAACUUUUACAUGACGGAUCUUGUCAAAGUGAGUUUUGAAGACCUUGAACUUAUUGCGAAAAAUGGUCGUAACUUGGUCUCUGUGAAAAUUAACGAUUGUGAAAUUUUGGAUCUCGUUGGUUUCUUUCGUGCUGCUUCUGUUUUAGAAGAAUUUUGUGGUGGUUCUUUCAAUGAGCAACCAGACAAGUACACUGCUGUAGCAUUCCCCCCUAGGUUAUGCCGUUUGGGUUUAACAUACAUGGGGAAGAAUGAAAUGCCAAUUGUGUUUCCUUUUGCAUCAUUGCUUAAAAAGUUGGAUCUUCUCUAUGCAUUACUUGACACAGAAGAUCACUGCUUGUUAAUUCAAAGAUGCCCAAACUUGGAAGUUCUCGAGACAAGGAAUGUUAUAGGAGAUAGAGGAUUAGAAGUUCUUGCUCGAAGUUGUAAGAGACUAAAGAGGCUUAGAAUUGAGCGAGGUGCUGAUGAGCAGGAAAUGGAGGAUGAAGAAGGUGUGGUUUCACAAAGAGGAUUAAUGGCUUUAGCUCAGGGAUGCCUUGAAUUGGAAUACUUGGCUGUUUAUGUAUCUGAUAUCACCAAUGCAUCGUUGGAACACAUUGGAACACACUCAAAAAAUCUCUGUGAUUUUCGUCUAGUCUUGCUUGACCGAGAAGAAAGGAUAACAGAUUUGCCUCUUGACUAUGGAGUCCGGGCUUUAUUGAGGGGCUGUGAAAAGCUUAGAAGAUUUGCUCUGUAUCUCCGACCUGGUGGUUUGACUGAUGUGGGUCUCGGAUAUAUUGGGCAAUAUAGUCCGAAGGUCAGAUGGAUGCUUCUGGGUUAUGUUGGGGAGACUGAUGCUGGGCUUUUGGAGUUCUCUAAGGGAUGCCCUAGCUUGCAGAAACUAGAAAUGAGAGGUUGUUGCUUCAGUGAGCAUGCUCUAGCAGUUUCUGUGACGCAAUUAACUUCUUUGAGGUACUUGUGGGUGCAAGGAUAUAGAUCAACACGAUCAGGUCAUGAUCUGUUAGCAAUGGCUCGUCCAUUUUGGAAUAUUGAGAUAAUUCCUGCUAGACAAACAGUUAUGACUGAUCAGGCUGGAGAGGCUGUUAUGGUUGAGCAUCCAGCUCAUAUACUUGCCUAUUACUCCCUAGCUGGUCCAAGAAAAGAUUUUCCAGAUACUGUUAUUCCUUUGGACCAUUUGCUUUUGGAGUAGAGCUGUAAAUAUGACCACUUUCCGAUUAUCCAUUUUUCCCAUCCACGUCCUGUUUAUAAAGUUUAUGUACCUGUAUUUUUCCCUUUUGUUUAGAUGGUUUCGAUUUGAUAUUUGAUUUUCGAUUUUAUUUCUAGACUUUGUCAUGUAAUAAGAUUUCGAUUUCCUCUGUAAUUUUGAAAGCACUUUGCAGUCUUACACGGUUGUCGGGCUACUGUUUUGUCCCUUGUCCAUGGAAGUGUGGCUUAAGUUUUAAGCCUUACUGAUUUUUAUAUUGAUUCUGCCGAAUGAAUCUUAACCGAAACUUUUGAUAGUGGCGGACAUUGGAAAUGAUCAAUUUUAAGUGCUUUUGUUUUUGUGAUAGAUGGAACUGUUAUUGCAUAAAAAUCCAUUAUGACACCGAUCU